AUGAGCGUAUUUAUAGAAGCUUUACAGCAAUUCAUCUCCCAGGUUAUUCUCACAUGCUUUCUGACUAUUUUAUUUAUAGCAUCUUUAUGGCACAAUUUUAUAACGGUACAUUUUAACAAACAGCCUGAUCCAAGAGAUAUACGAAAAUCAACCACUAAUAUAAAGCCAAAGAAGAAAUCAGGUCAUACGAAAAGGUUUUCGAGAAAUUCCUUUUCCUCACUCAUUCCUAUUGAAAUCGAAGAAGAUGAAGAAAAUAACAUAGAGUAUGAUCAUACUAUCACUAGCGGGAAUACGGUUCACUUAAACAGUACUGAGGCAAAUACAAUUGGAAGCGUGCCAAAGCCUGAGGUUCAUAAUCACCAUGAUGCUAGUGAAAACCCAUUUACAGAUCUUUUAUCUCAAGAGGAUAAAAAACUGGUGCCUGAUUUAAAAUACUACUAUAAACAAUAUAAUAUUGACAUUGAGGAAUUUGAAAUCGAAACAGAUGACGGCUUUAUUAUCGACUUAUGGCAUUUAGUGCCAUUGCAGCCACAAACAGAAGAACUUAAAAGACAUCCAAUCUUAAUGGUACAUGGUCUCUUACAAAGUAGUGGUGCAUUUGCAUCACCUGGAAGAAGAUCUUUAACUUACUACCUUUUCAAAUCAGGAUUCGAUAUUUGGCUUGGAAAUAAUAGAUGUGGACUCAAAGCAAGGUGGAAUAAAAAAAAUCUCAAGGACAAGCAUUCAAAAUGGGAUUGGGAUCUUGAAGAGAUGGUCAAAUUUGACUUAAAGUCGAUGGUUGAAACAGUGUUGUUAAAAACAGGUUAUGAAAAGUUGACUAUGAUUGCACAUUCACAAGGUACUACUCAAGGUUUAUAUGGUCUGAUCAAUGGGGAAAAACUUUAUAAAGAUAUGGAUUUCAAGUUAAUUGACAAGUUAGAGAACUUUAUUGCAUUAGCGCCAGCUAUCUAUCCAGGUCCUCUACUGGAUGAGAAACCUUUUGUAAGAUUCAUGGCUAUGGGCAUUGAUGUGCCUUGGGUUUUUGGUACAAAAUCGUUUAUACCAUUGAUGAUGCUUAUGAGAUCAUUAAGUGCUGGCACAAAACCUUUUUCAUUUUUCUCUUACAUUAUGUUCAAUUACUUAUUUGACUGGAACGAUUCCUUGUGGGAUAAAGUUCUCAGAGACAGAAAUUUUUUGUUUUCACCUGUUCAUAUUUCAGUAAAGCUAAUGCAAUGGUGGUUGAGUCCCGAUAGUGGUAAAAUUAGUUUCAAAAAUGGCUCUACUAGAAUGUUUCCCACAGAUAGGACAUGGUUCCCCAUUGAAGAUCAUCAUUCAGAGGAUGUGAUCCAUUUAAACCCUCCACGUCCUAAUUCAUCUGAUUAUCCUAGACUAAUGAUGUUCAUACCGAGACAAGAUAGAUUGGUUGACGGUGAAAGAUUGAUCAAUCACUUUAUCAAUCAUGAAGCCAAUGCUGUAUAUAAGAUCUGGUAUAUUGACGAGUAUUCUCAUUUAGAUGUUCUCUGGGCUCAUGACGUGAUUGAAAGGAUUGGUAAACCUAUUGUUGACCACAUAAGGUUAAUGCCAGAAUCAGAAGUAUAA